AUGGAACCCCCAAGACCGGAGUCUGUCGACUCUCAAAUCCUUCCGCCCGGCGCUCACGAAAAGCCAGACCUGCCCCGGUCGGCGUCUUCCCAGUCAGAUCUUCCCAGGGCCCCCGAGAAAGACACGCUUGGGGCCAACGAUGCAGCAUACGCAACCAAAGACGAGGAGGAAUAUGUCACAGGAAUCAAGCUCUACAUGAUCUUGGCUGCUAUGGUUCUCGCUCAGUUUGUGGUGAUGCUCGAUAUAUCCAUCAUGGCUACGGCCAUUCCCCGAAUCACGAACACCUUCAACUCUCUUCUCGAUGUGGGAUGGUAUGGAAGCGCAUACCAACUCGCGAGUGCGUCUUUGCAGCCCUUGACCGGCAAGUUGUACACCAUCUUCAGGACCAAGUGGACGUUUUUCGCAUUCUUCCUCCUCUUCGAGCUGGGGUCCUUACUCUGCGCGGUAGCGACAUCCUCCACCAUGUUGAUUGUCGGACGAGCCGUCACCGGUAUGGGCGCGUCAGGCAUAUUGACCGGCGGCCUCACCAUCGUCGGGGCCUGCCUUCCAAAAGAUCGACUGCCAAGUAUGCACCCUCUCGUCCUGUUCCCAGUCGGACAACUUGGUCAGGCCUGCGGUCCCCUCAUCGGAGGAGCAUUUACCGAGUACGUUUCAUGGCGUUGGUGCUUCUACAUCAACCUUCCCAUCGGCGGCGUCAUCGCCGCUCUUUUCACCCGCAUUUACGUCCCGGAACGGAUUGUGAAACCCAAGCUGCGAACAGCCUUCGGUACUGUCGUCGAGUCCUUGGAUCUCCUGGGAUUUGCCAUCUUCGCCCCUGCGUCCAUCCAAUUUUUCCUCGCUCUACAAUAUGGGGGUAACCAAUAUUCCUGGAAUAGUCCCACCGUCAUUGGCCUGUUCUGCGGAGCCGGCGUCACCUUUAUCCUUUUCCUCGUGUGGGACUACCGCAGGGGCGACGCGGCCAUGGUUCCCUUCUCGAUCCUGCGUCAGCGUGUUGUGUGGUCUAGCUGUGCAGUCAUAUUCUUCCAAAUGGGUGUACUGAUCUGUGGCUCGUACUACCUUCCCAUCUACUUCCAGGCAGUCAAAAAAGCGUCGCCACUCAUGAGUGGUGUCUAUAUGCUUCCCAACAUUUGUUGCCAAAUCCUCAUGGCCUUUGUAUCCGGCGGUCUUGUUCAAAAAGUGGGUUACUGCCUACCUUGGGUAGUGAUUGGUACCAUGGUGAAUGCCGUGGGGUCCGGCCUCCUCUCGAUGCUGACUCCAACGUACUCGACCGGCGCACGGGUCGGGUAUCAGAUCGUGUACGGUAUUGGCGCUGGAUGUGUCUCGAGCAUGCCCUAUAUAUCCAUCCAAAACUUCGCCGCCUCCGCUCAGAUCCCGAUUGCCAUGGCCCUCCUCAUCUUCUGUCAGAACCUGGGCGGAGCCAUCUUCCUUACCGUUGCGCAGACGGUCUUCAGCAACAGCCUGAGAAAUGCCAUUUCCACAAAGGCCCCAGGCGUCAAUGCCGCAGCCAUACUGGCGGCUGGCGCCACUGCAUUCCGGAGCGUGGUCUCGAGCGCGCAACUGGAGGGCGUCCUUGACGCUUACUGCACGAGCUUUGACAAUGUCUUCUACCUGGUCAGCGGACUGGCGGUUUGCACCUUUGGUGCUGGAUGGGGUCUGGGUUGGAGGGAUCUGAGGGUCAAGAAGAGCCCGUCUCAGCCAGCGCCAUAA